UGUGUGUGUCAUUCUGCCUUUGCUGAAGAUUGCGCCGUUUUAGUGUUUGUAAACUGACAGAAAAUAACUUUUGUGCAGUAAAGCUUUAAAUGACGUGGCUAAAGGAAGGAAAAAGCUUCGAGGCCUGACUUGAGCACUGCCUUUUGUAUGUCCAGGAGUUUCCAGUGUCAUGCACUCCAGGGCCUACCUACUGCUAGAGAAGGAAUACCAGGAGCUACGAGAGGCCAAUCUUUAUGGUAUACAUGCAGUGCCAGUCAAUGACAGCCUGUUUCAGUGGCUUGUGGAGAUCGAAGGCUUGAAAGAUUCACCAUGGGAAGGGGGCUCUCUUCAGCUGACACUCCAAUACAAUGAAGAUUACAAUGCUGCUCCCCCUAUAGUAAAAUUUACUACCAUUCCUUUUCAUCCAAACGUGGAUAAGCAUUCUGGGAGACCCUGUAUAAGCUUUCUGGAUAAUAAGGAGCUGUGGAAGACAGGCUUCACAAUGGCCACUGUCCUUCUGGCUGUGCAGGUCUUGCUGUCCAACCCAGUGACAGAGGAUGCUGUAAAUCUGGAGGCUGCUGAAAUGUGCAGGACCAACCCAUCAUUGUUCACAAAAGUGGUGCUGGACUGUGUCAGCAAGAGUAAGCGGAUCAAAGGUGAACCGGACCUUGGUCAAAUUUCUUCGCCUACUUUAUUUUCGAAAUACAUUGGAACUACUGAGCUAGACACAUGUGUGAAGAGUGUGUCUUUUGCAGACUACAUAAAGACAUGGUCUGGUAUUGCAACAUCAAAGGCCACACAGGAUCUAAGCAAUCCAGUUACUCAUUGUUCAGUCCAUCCAAGUCAGUCAGCUCUGCAUUAUGGUUUACAGGACAUGGGAGUGGCAGAAGAAAUGAAGGCACAGAAUACAGAGUUCAGUGCUCUUAUAUAUGGAUCACCUGUGAAACCCCAAAAAGUAGGCAUAGCAAAGGAUGAGAAGAUGGCGAGAGUGAAGAGAUUAACGAGGAUUCAUCUACAGACCAGAACACCAGACUCCUUUGGUUCGCCACAGGCAGUCAGCACUAGAAAAGCAAAGGAGCGAGAUAAUGAAGACCUCUGGGAGACAGAAGUGGACAAUCUAAUCGCAUGGACCAACACUCUCUGCUAUGCAGAAGACUAAAGGGGGACCAUCACGGGCUUAUUUAAGCACUGAGACAGACCGUUUGAUUAUUAUGUGAGACGAAAUGGAGAUAUUUUAUUUUAUUACUACAUCCAUCCAUUUUUGAAACUGCUUUGAGUAUUAAAGAAAUCAAAGAUGUGUCAGAAGGUACCUUAGUAAUACUGGGCAAAAAGAAGGAGGUAAUCUGAAGAUUGGGGAUGCCAAUCCAUUAGCCACGGGGCACACCACCUACUCCUUAAUUAUAUGUGAGGGAACAGGAGUACCUGGAAACAACUGACAGGAACACACGAGAAUAUUUAAGGCAGAGUGGUGGCUCUGAGGCUAGGGAUCUGCACUGGCAAUCGAAAGUUUGCUGGUUCGAA